AUGGAGCCCAUAAACCUCGGAGAAGUCGACUCCCUCGAAGCGAUUGUCAUCAUCGACAAUGAGCUAGAUCCUCUCUCGCCCCCAGCCCCGGAUACCGUCCAAGUCUCGGGGAAUCUGGGGGCAAUUGCCAUGCGCUCAAAGCAUACAUUGACAGACCGUGGGGAAGCCUGCAAGGAAUUAAAGAUGGAAGAUGUCUGCUGCGCAGCACACGGCUUGUCGAUUCUGGUGACUGCCACUAAAGGCGAUAAAAAGCACUCUAUUCUCUUCGAUGCCGGUCCCGAAGAGGAGGCAUGGGAGAGAAAUGUGAAACGGCUGCGACCAGAUCUUUCAUCUGUGGAACUGAUUCAUCUAUCGCAUUGGCAUCGAGAUCACUCCGGUGGUCUUCUGCGAGCGAUCCGCAUGAUAAACGAUGCCAAACAAGGCGAAGGCUGCUCUGAGGACCUGGUCGCGGACUUGCACCCAGACCGACCGGUCUACAGGGGCAUCGCUCUAGCCGAGCAUAUCGUUUCCCUCGAGGCUGACCCUACGUUCGAGGAGAUUGCAAGUGCGGGCGCAGUGGUCGACAAGCGGAGUGAACCACACACUGUACUUGAUGAUUUCUUUCUUGUCUCUGGGGAAAUUCCACGAGUGACACCAUACGAGACAGGCUUGAAGAAUGCAGUACGAUAUGAUCCUGAUGAGGAGGACUGGUUCUCAGACGAAGUCAUCAUUGAUGAACGUUCUCUCAUCUGUAAUCUCAAGGGACUCGUUGUUUUUACCGGAUGUAGCCACGCUGGUGUGGUGAACACCACCAAACACGCCGUCCAGCUCACCGGUGGAACCGUACCUGUCCAUGCCGUUGUAGGCGGGUUUCACCUCGCCACAAGCGAGGCGGAUCAAAUCCAGGACACAGUAGCCGACCUCAAACGCCUUGAUCCCGCCGUGCUUAUGCCGGGUCACUGUUCCGGCUGGCGGGCCAAGUUUGCCAUUGAGAAACACAUACCCGGAUCAUUGGUACCCUGCACGGUAGGGUCAAAAAUCACAUUCUGA